AGAGAGUUCCAAUCAAACUAAAAUGACCAUCUUCAGUAUCUACAUAAUAAACAAAGCUGGUAGUUUAAUAUAUCAUUAUGAUUGUCCGAAUACAUCUAGACCGGCGAUAGAAAAAACAUUCAGCUACCCAUUGGAACUGGUACUGAAAGUUUUUGAUGAAAAGGUGGUGGUAGCUUUUGGUGAACGUGAUGGAAUCAAAGUGGGUCAUGCAGUUCUCGGAAUCAAUGGAGUUCCUGCAGAGGGUAAAAUGUUGAAAGACAAAAGAGACAUAAUGGAGGUGCUUUCAACUGAAAGUAACUACCCAAUAAACAUAAAAUUUGGUAGACCACAUCUAACCAUCAAUGAGAGAAUUAUGCUGGCCAGUAUGCUUCACUCACUGUUUGCUAUUGGGUCACAGUUAUCUCCAGAGCCAAAUUCAUCAGGAAUCCAGUCACUUGAGACAGACACAUUCAAAUUGCAUUGCCACCAGACAAUGACAGGCGUCAAGUUUGUGAUUAUCUCUGAUCCUAAGCAAGCCCAUGUUGAUAUUAUCCUAAAGAAACUUUAUGAAAUAUACUCAGAUUUUGCCCUGAAAAAUCCCUUUUACUCCCUGGACAUGCCAAUAAGGGCAGAGCUCUUUGACAGCAGUCUUCAGGCUGUGAUGGAACAAGCAGACAAGCCAGGACUAAACAACAUCCUGGGUUAAAUUGUUUAUGUGAUUCAACAAGCACCUUCUACUGUGGCAUGAUCAAAUAUCCAAUCAAAGAUAGUCAGCUAAGGAACCAAUGCAUUUUUCUGUAUUUUUCAUAAU